AUGUCCCCCCGAAACUCUCAGGACCCCGAAGGGGACCUCAACAAAGGCCAUAUUGACAACAUUGAGAGCGUUCAAGAGGUUACAGAUUUCACCAAGCCAAACCCUCGCAAUGUAGCACCCCCAUAUGUGGCAAGCCUUUCUCCAGAGGAGCGUGCAAUGGCAGAGAAGGCUCUCGUCCGCAAGAUUGACAUCCGACUUCUUCCCAUGAUCAUCAUCAUGUACAUUCUCAACUAUCUGGACCGGAACAACAUUGCUGCUGCUCGACUGGCUGGGCUGGAAACGGACCUGAAAUUAGAAGUUCCCUCCAACUUGAUGCUGAACAAGUUCGGAAAGCCGGCUAUCUACCUUCCCUGUGCUAUGAUGCUUUGGGGCGUUAUUUCUACUUGCACAACUGCUGCCCAAAGCUAUGCUAGCCUUGUUGUCAUUCGAUUCUUUCUUGGUUUUGUUGAGGCUGCCUACUUUCCUGGGUGCCUUUACUUCCUGAGUGCCUGGUACACUAGAAAGGAGCUUGGAUUCCGCACUGCUGCCCUUUACUCGGGAUCUUUAAUCUCGGGAGCCUUUUCUGGCUUGAUCGCUGCAGGUAUUACUGGUAACAUGGACCACAAGGGGGGCCUCCGAGCUUGGCGCUGGUUGUUCAUUAUUGAGGGCGCUAUCACUAUUGUUGUUGCCGUCGGUGCUAUCUUCAUCCUGCCCAACUUCCCUCGUACCACUGGAUGGCUCUCGGAGGAGGAGAAAGAGCUGGCGGUUUGGCGUCUGGAGGAGGAUAUCGGUGAAGAUGACUGGGUUGAUAGCGAACAGCAGUCCUUCAUGCACGGCGCACAGCUUGCCUUCACUGAUAUCAAGACCUGGGUUCUGAUGCUCCUCAUUCUAUGCAUUGUUUCUUCUGCGUCCGUAACGAACUUCUUCCCGACCGUCGUGGAAACCCUGAACUACGGAAACAUCGAGACCCUCCUCCUCACUGCUCCUCCCUACGUGUUGGCAGUCAUCUGUGCCUUUGCUAAUGCCUGGCACGCUGACCGUACCGGGGAGCGGUACUUCCACAUUACCCUUCCUUUAUAUAUUUCCGUGGCCGCUUUCAUCAUCGCGGCUACCACGACUAGCACCGCUCCGCGCUACGUCUCGAUGAUGCUGAUGGUCCCGUCCUUGUACACUAGUUAUGUCGUUGCUCUGGGCUGGAUUUCGAACACUCUGCCUCGUCCUGCAUCUAAACGUGCUGCUGCUUUGGCAGGCAUCAACUGCGUCAGUAACGCUAGCAGUAUUUAUGCUAGUUACAUGUAUCCUAACAGCGAUGCCCCACGAUUUGUUACGGCCAUGUCUGUGAACUGCGUCACUGCAUUCGUGGCUAUUAUAUCCGCCACUGUCCUCCGCAUCAUGCUCGUCCGCCUCAACAAGAAGCUCGACUGUAGCGAGGGAAUCGCUGCUGGGGUGCCAGGCGAGGCCUCGCGUGGUUUCCGGUUCUUGGUCUAAUUUUUUUUUUUUUCUUUUCCUACAACCUUACGGCGUCAUUCAUUUAGUUAAGUUCGAUUCUACUGAUCAGCAUAGACAUGUAAUGAGUAUAUGAUUCACUGCACCAGGGUAUGGGCGUCGUAAUGGAUCUUGUGGAGAUUAAGCUAUAUGACACAACUCCAAAUAAACAGACAGUCCAUCAAAAUUGCAAGGCUGGUCCUGGCUGACGAGCUGUUUUUCUUCUUGACGUUUCUCGUUACUACUUGAGCACCAGCUAUAGCAAGAGCCAUCAAGUCCUUGAAACAGGGGACCAGAAGUGUGGGUGCAAACUCGUAACCUUUCGACUUCCAUUUGCCCCAAGGGGGGCGAGCGAUUCCCAGCAGCAACAGUAGUAGUAGCAUGGAAAAGGAAAAAGCCAUGCAUGAUGAUGCCCUAGAAAGGGAUUUCCCCUUUUUCUAUCAAACCCC